AGGGCUGGAGACUGAUCGCGCAGGUAACGUGAGCCCUGGACUUUUCUCUUAUUUUCAGUGCCUUUGCAACGACUCUCAUUUGUUAGGUUUUAAUCCUGUUUUGGAUUUUGGUUUUGCUUUGGGGUUUUUUUGUUUGUUUGUUCCCUGCUCCCCCUUCCCCCCCCCCCAGCUUUUGGCUGCUCCUUUCCGUUUAGAUCCUUAUUGCAGGCGACUCCAGUGAGACUAACUCCUUCUCCUGUUUCUCAUGGUCAAACAUUGACCAAACAAACUUAAUCAAGAUUGAAGUAAACAACAGCAACAACACUGAUUCGGCCGUGGAACGUUCCCGGGAGGGAAGCAUUGUGACGUCAGCGCACCUACUAAUCCUCCCAAUUGAGGGGGAGCCUGGAGCCAUGAGGUCAUCGUAGCGGCCGGUGUAGCCAGCCGGGCGGCGGCGGCGGCGGCGGCGGGGGAGGGGAGAGCGGAGCGGGCAGCGGGCCCAAGCGAGGCCGACCGGGAGCCUGCCGCCGCGCUCCAGCUGUACUGAGGCGGACGCCGAGCUCCUGCAAGCAUGGAGGAGGCUGAGGCGAAGGAGCUGCAGGUCGGCUCCUGGCUACCCGUGCUGGUGGAGCAGAUGGUGAACGACACGUUGGUGGUCACCUUGAGCUGCGGGGAGAGGCGCUUCACUGGGAUCCUCCUGGACUGCACUAAAAAGUCUGGCUUGCUCUGUCUUCCACCUCCUUCGUUGCCAAAGCAAGAGGACCCUCCUGCUGAUGCUUGCACUAACUGGGUUCCUGAAGACAGACAGGCUGCGAAGGGCGAGACGGAGUCGCAGCUUUCUAGUGAAAAACCUCCCAAAGGAAACAAUGAUGAACAGGUUCCUCCUCUUUUGCCACCACCAUCACCAGGCAAUGUUCCUCCUUACCCGCCCUAUUUUGAGGGAGCUCCUUUUCCUCCUCCCUUAUGGUUAAGACACACGUAUAACCAGUGGGUUCCUCAGCCACCACCAAGGACUAUAAAGAGGACAAAAAGACGGUUGUCACGAAAUAGAGACCCAGGAAGGCUCAUCAUGAGCACUAUUAGGCUGAGGCCCAGGCAAGUGCUCUGUGAAAAAUGCAAAAAUAUUCUGAACCCAGAGGAAGUGAACUACAAAGCCAGGCAAAAUGCUAAAACAAGGAGGAAGCUAAGCAUUCAGGAUAAGGAGCAAAAAAAGCACAGUGAUUCUGAUUCUGUAGAGAAAAGGAACAAAAGAGAGAAGAGGGAAGCAGACAAAUUUUCUGGGGAAUUAGUGCAUCGAACUCCAGUUAUAAAAAUAUCCUACAGCACACCACAAGGUAAAGGUGAAGUUGUGAAAAUUCCCUCCCGGAUUCAUGGAUCAGUUAGACCAUUUUGUCCACAGCGGAUAUUGCAGAAUGGAGGGGAGGACCAAGAGGGGAGCCGAGACUCUGAACGAUAUCGGGAAACCAAAUGUUUUAUGGAUAAGUCGGCAAGCAGCCAACUUGCUUCCAUUCCAAAACUGAAAUUAACUAGGCCUGUGCAUUCCAAUGCAGAUGUUCCACCUCCAAAAAUCAGACUGAAACCCCAUCGAAUAAAUGAUGGUCAGAAUGUUUCCAUUUAUAAAGCAGAACUUAUUGAUGAGAUAAAUGUCCUUCAGAGUAGCAGGGAGUCCAAUCCUGCUGCAUUUUACACUGAUGAAUCUGCAGAUAGAAGUUUAGCAGAGAUGUCUUCAGGGAGUUCAGGUGAAGAUGAUGACUUCAAAAGAUUUCCCCAAGGUAAAGAUGGACAUGAUAACUUGGCUUUUCUUAUGAAUUAUCGUAAAAGGAAGGCAGAUUCUUCUAGUUUAUCAGUGUGUAGCAAUGACAGUCUAGACGAAUCCAAAUCCUCUAGUUCAGAAGUAACAUCACCAGAAAUGUGUGACUUUUUACCUGGUGAUGAUGCAUCUGUUUCUUCAUCUUCAAAAGAUGACCGUAAAAUUGUGCCACCAUUAACAGUUAGACUACAUACACAGAGUGUCUCUAAAUGUGUCACUGAAGAUGGAAGAACUGUUUCAGUGGGGGAUAUUGUUUGGGGUAAAAUUCAUGGUUUCCCAUGGUGGCCGGCACGUGUUCUUGACAUAAACCUUAGCCAGAAGGAAAAUGGAGAACCUUCCUGGCGAGAAGCUAAAGUAUCAUGGUUUGGUUCUCCAACAACCUCAUUCUUAUCUGUUUCAAAACUCUCUCCUUUCUCUGAAUCUUUCAAACUGAGAUUUAAUCGUAAGAAGAAAGGGAUGUAUCGGAAAGCUAUUACAGAAGCUGCAAAGGCAGUAGAGCAUCUGACCCCAGAAAUAAGAGAUCUCUUAACCCAGUUUGAAACAUAACUUUGCCUCCAGUACCAGGGCCUGUCCCUGUUCCAAUUGAAGUCCAUGGCAAAACUCCUGGUGACCAUUGAAUAAGAUCAAGAUUUGUCUCUUAGCCACCAUCAGCAGGAUGCCAUCAUGCUAAACAUCACCAAAUACAUGACACUUACAGAUUGGGACCCCAGUGAAAUAUUAUUAAACCAGGAUAGAAACUAACUUUUUCUCUGAAAUAACAAUUCUAACUGUUAGAAAAACUUUUCUUCUUUUAAAAUCUAGUUUUGUGCUCUGGCUCCCACAGAACUCGGUACUGGUUCAUCACUUUGUCCCUUAUUUUCCUCAUUUGCCUUAUUUAAGAAAUGCAUACACAAGCCAAUGAUUUUUUUUUUUCUUCCAAGUUUCUAGCAUGAGGAAGCUUACUCAUGAUUAUAGCAAUAUUUGACUCCACACUUCAGCUAUUGGGACUAAGAUGGUAAAUGUUUGUAUAAUUCUGAGUCAGGCAGGUUUGAUCUAGAGGAAAAUGAAGGGAAAUUCUGCUGACAGUUUGCUUUUGCAAAUUUAUUCUGGAGAGUUAAAUCUCUAAAAACUGCACUAAUGAGAAGUACUGGAGGUUCUCUUUCACUCUCCGUCACAUGUCACCAGUUGAUUUACCUGAAUGUGAGAGAAACCCAGAAUUCUCCUUCUUUCUUUGUACCAUGACCAUUGUGCCAAAUUCCUCACUUCUCCAAGGUAAAAAUCUGAAUUCAGCUUAGAAAGGCCUUAAGGUAUUCCUGGAAACUUUCUUUAUCUUCUCUCUACCCAAGUGCCAUAUCUGACUCACCUUUUCAGUCUUUCUGCUAAAAUUAUCUGUCUCCAUGAGAAA